UUUGGUGGUUCUAUAUAAGAGACACUAUCUUCAUUUUGUUCUCUUUGUCCCUCUACCUUCCAUACAUUUCAUACAAUCUCUCUCUCUCUCCCUUACAACAACAACAUAAACCCAUUCUAGUUAAGUCUCUUCUUCCCCUAAAGAAACACAACUUGUCGAGAUGGAGAGGCUAAACUCGAAGCUGUACUUGCAAAACUGUUAUAUAAUUAAGGAGAACGAGAGGUUGAGAAAGAAAGCUCAGAUUCUGAAUCAAGAGAAUCAACAACUCCUCUUCGAACUCAAACAGAAGCUCUCCAAUGGAUCAUCAAACCAAGGAAACAACAACAACAACAAUCUCUCUUCAUCAUCAAGCUCUGCUUCUGGACAUUAAUCCAGAUCAUGGAACAACAUCAACAACAACAACAAACUCCUUAGGACAAGAUUUGGAUUUGGUUAACUAGAAGAACCCUAUAUCAUCAUUUUCUUUUCUUUCUAUUGGUGUAGUAAUGUAAGAAAAAAAAUUAGUUAAGAAUAGUUUGGUUAG